GUUCAUGUGCACGUGUUAGUUCUAGGUUCUAUGAUGUAAUACCAUAUCAUAACCUAUAUUUCGAUUGUUUUUGUAAUUAGUGCUCUUCAAAGCAAUAAUAUAGACUAAUAUUUUCAAAUAAUGACUGUCAAAAAUGAAAAAAAUGAAAAACAAUCAGAUUCUGAGAAACGUAGUAAUAUUGAAGAAAUAGAAUAUUCUGAUCUUUACCCAGGCAGAAAAAGUCGAAGUGACGAAAAACAAUCCCGUACAUGGUUUGAUGUAAUUACUUUUAAUGAACAAAGGAAAAAUUACGAGAAGAUAAACUGUGAAAUGAAUGUUUUUAACUGUGUAAAAAAGAGUCCUCUAGUGAAACUAAUGUUAGCAGCAUUAAAAAGUUCAGGAUGUGAAGUUGAUCUUGGUCGUCAUAUUUCAUGUGAAGUAUGUGAUGAUACAGUUAAUGGUGGUUAUGAUCCUGACACAAAUCAGAUUAUAAUUUGCCAAAACACUGCUAAGAGCAGAAAUCGAGUUCAAAGCACUUUAAGUCAUGAGAUGAUACAUAUGUUUGAUUAUUGCCGUAACAAACUUGAUCUAAACAAUAUAGAUCAUUUAGCUUGUACGGAAAUAAGAGCAGCUAAUCAAUGUCAUUGUAGUUUUCUUGGUGCAUGGUAUCGAGGAACUGCUUCACCUUUUCAUAUUAAAAAGGCACAUCAGGACUGUGUUAUAGACAAGGCUGUUAGGUCACUAGUUGCUAUAAAAAGUAUACCAAAGGAGGAAGCAACGAACGCUGUGAUGCGAGUUUUUACCAAGUGUUAUAAUGAUUUAGAACCCGUUGGAAGACGACUUCGACGAAAUUCAAUGGAUAUGGAGAAAGCAUACUAUGAGGGGCCAUAUUAUGGAUAUUCAGAAUAAAAUUUUUUUUUUAUAGAAUCUCAAGUUUACAUAACUUUUGAGGUACAUCAAAAUAGUACACUUACUAAGAAAUAAUAUGAUUUUGUUAUAUCAUUUUAAUACUCGUCUAUGAAACUAAUUAUUAUCAUUCUUAUUACUCUCAUUAUGAUAGUGUAUUAAAUUGUAUAUUUAUUCUGUAUAUACAUUUAACCUUUUAAUGAUAAUUUCGAAAAUUUCCAUAUGAAGCAAGAAAAGUAUGAUUUUUGUUGAUAAUUUUAUGCGAGAAGUUUUCGAAGACAAAAACAUCUUUGAAUCGAGACUUCGGCGUAAAAAUUUAUUUAUUUGAUCAAUUUAACCAUUAUUUUAUCAAAAAACGUAGCAUAGAACCUAUAUAUUCACGCCAUAGUAGGCGUGAAGUAUAGCUUGACGAUGCUUAAGAUUUAUAUCGUUUGUCGGAUCGUGUAUGCAGAAAUCCUUGAGGUCAGGGAGACUCGGGUGUACGUCGAUGGACUGUAGUUUUCACGAGAUCGGAGAAGACAGUAUGAAUUUCUGAUGUAACAGUCGUCUGGAACGAUUCUACUUUUAGCCUAACUACGUAUCUACCUACCUACCUUAUCCUACGACGGGUGUGACGAUAUGUUCUCAGUUAUUCUGGGUAGCUCUUCCGCAGUUCAGGUUUCCGCAACUGACUCUUACGAUCGAUGUAACGCGUCUUCGACAUUAGGCUAUUAGUAAUAACUAAACCUAAGGUACAGAAUUGCUUCCACAGCGUGCGGAUCUCUUCAUAUCUGUCACCCAAGAGUUACGAGGAGGUCCUCUUUGCAACUCAAAUUUACGAGCACUAAAUUUAUAAUUUCUAUUUAUCUUUACUUUGUCGUCUGAAUAGAAUCUUCAACUAUUAACAAGAACUUAUAUUAAAAUCCUUAUAUUUAAUAAUAAAGAGUCCAAAACUGA